AAAUCCAUAUCAUAGUCAAGUCCAAGUAUCAUCAUCUGAUCCUCUUCCUCGGUUAGCGUACUGUGAAUACAGUCUCCUUGAAUUGAAUCUCUUCAGUGCAAGCUAUUCUAAUGGAAAAUUAGGGUUUUUUUUGUCCUUUUCUUUCUUUGCGUCUUAUUUGGGAAUUCGAAUUGAUUUCAUUGGAAUAAUGGUGGAGAGACGGAGUCCUCUGAUUCUAUCAUCCACCAGAACUACACUCCGUUCAGUGCUCAAUUCGUUACAACCCGUCUCUUCCGAUGGCGAACGAGUUCCGAAUCACGACGGGGUUGUUUCGGGUGCAUCCGUUAAGUUGUCUGCGGGGAUUCUCCGGUGCCACAAUGAUUCGAAAUUGGAUACUUUGGAUGACUCUUCUUUGGUGGGACUCUCUACUCAACUGCUCAAGAGACUAUCUAUCAACUCUGGUUCUUUGGUUGUUGUGAAGAACAGUGAGAUAGGCAUUCACCGGGUUGCACAAGUUGUUGUACUUGAUCCUCCCAACAAGCUUGAAGAUGCAUCUCUCACUAGUAUACCUGUUUCGGGCUCUCUUCAUACGAUGCUUGUCUUUCCAACUUAUGAUUUGAUGGGGCAACAGUUAUUAGAUCAAGAGGUUGCUUACUUGUCCCCAAUGUUAGCUUUUAAUCUUAGUUUGCACAUAUCUUGCUUGAAAUCCUUUGUUCAUCGAGGGAAUGGGGUCUUAGAGAAGUAUUUUGAAGCUAAGUUUGACGAGGAGUUUAUUGAAAAAUCUGCGGUAGAUGAGUCAAGGAUUGGUUUGGAUUUGGAACCUGUGUCCGAAGUUCCAGGGUAUGCAUCACAUCUGAGAGUUUCUUUUGUUAAAAUCCCAGAGUGUGGUUCCAUUCAAUCCCUGAAAGUCAAUUCGUCGUUUGAAGCUGAAGAGCGACAAGGGUUAAUAGAUUCCGCAUUGCAUAAGUAUUUUGGAACUGAUAGACAUCUGUCAAGAGGCGAUAUAUUUCGCGUUUACAUUGACUGGAACUGUGGUUCAGGUAUAUGUAUUCCAUGUAGUCAAAGGUUGUGCUCAGAAGGCGAUGACUUUAUAUAUUUCAAGGUCGUUGCGAUGGAACCUUCUAAUGAGAGAUUUCUUCGAGUCAAUCAUUCCCAAACCGCCCUUGUCCUUGGAGGAACUGUCUCUUCUGGUCUUCCACCAGACUUGCUGGUUUCUAGAUCAAAGGUUCCUAUGCCCUUACAGGAGGACAUAGUAAAUAUUUUGGCAUCGGUGCUUUCGCCACCUCUCUGUCCAUCAGCACUCGCCUCAAAACUCAGGGUUGCUGUUUUAUUGCAUGGUCUUCCAGGGUGCGGGAAGAAAACUGUUGUUAACUAUGUUGCUAGGAGGUUGGGGCUGCAUGUAGUCGAAUAUAGCUGUCACAGUUUAUUAGCAUCAUCUGAGAGGAAAACAUCUACUGCGUUGGCCCAGACUUUUAAUAUGGCAAGAAGAUAUUCACCAACGAUACUUCUGCUCCGGCAUUUUGAUGUGUUUAAAAAUCUGGGCUCUCAGGAUGGCUCAAUGGGUGAUCGAGUUGGCGUGUCCUCUGAGAUUGCAUCAGUUAUUAGGGAACUCACCGAGCCAGUUUCUAAUGGUGAAUACAGUUCCAUGGAAGAACAUUCAGAUAGCAAUAUUUCUGUAGAAGUUGGAAAGUUUAGGGGACAUCAAGUGCUGUUGAUCGCAUCUGCUGAAAGUACUGAGGGUCUCUCUCCAACAAUCAGGCGUUGCUUCAGCCACGAAAUACGUAUGGGUUCUUUGAAUGACGAACAGAGAUCAGAGAUGCUGUCUCAGUCACUCCAAGGUGUUUCUCAACUCCUUAAUACCAGCUCAGACGAUUUUUUGAAAGGAAUGGUGGGACAGACUUCUGGCUUCCUUCCUCGGGACUUGCGUGCUCUUGUAGCUGAUGCUGGUGCCAACUUAUUCAUCAGUCAAGAGUCCGAGACCAAGAAAAUUAAUUACCUUUCAGAUAAUCUUAGUGGAGUUGAUGUAAUAGACCAGGCAAGCCAAUUAGGUAACAGCAGUGAGAGAUUAACAGGUGAGGAGGACUUUACUAAAGCUUUGGACAGAUCAAAGAAGCGAAAUGCAUCAGCCCUUGGUGCUCCUAAGGUUCCAAAUGUGAAAUGGGAUGAUGUUGGUGGGCUUGAGGAUGUGAAGACAUCGAUAUUGGACACAGUUCAAUUACCUCUCCUGCAUAAAGAUUUAUUUUCUUCUGGAUUGCGUAAACGUUCUGGUGUGCUUCUCUAUGGCCCUCCAGGAACAGGGAAAACUUUACUGGCGAAAGCUGUGGCGACAGAGUGCUCCCUAAAUUUCCUAAGUGUAAAAGGUCCAGAAUUGAUCAACAUGUAUAUUGGAGAGUCGGAGAAAAAUGUUCGAGAUAUAUUCGAAAAGGCGAGGUCAGCCCGGCCUUGUGUGAUCUUCUUUGAUGAGCUUGAUUCUCUUGCUCCAGCUCGAGGUGCUUCGGGUGAUUCUGGAGGAGUCAUGGAUCGAGUGGUCUCUCAGAUGCUUGCAGAGAUCGACGGACUCAGCGAUUCAUCCCAGGAUCUGUUUAUCAUAGGGGCAAGCAACAGACCUGACUUGAUUGAUCCAGCUCUUUUACGACCUGGCAGAUUCGACAAACUUCUAUAUGUUGGAGUCAAUGCUGAUGCAUCUUACAGAGAAAGGGUCCUUAAAGCACUUACUCGGAAAUUUAAGUUAAGCGAAGAUGUAUCUCUUUAUUCAGUAGCAAAGAAGUGUCCCUCUACAUUCACUGGCGCUGAUAUGUAUGCAUUGUGUGCUGAUGCUUGGUUUCAGGCAGCUAAGCGAAAGGUGUCAAAAUCAGAUUCAGGGGAUUUUCCUCCAGAAGAUGAUCCAGAUUCAGUUGUUGUAGAGUAUGUAGAUUUUAUAAAGGCAAUGGAUCAGCUCUCGCCAUCGCUCUCCGUAGCUGAGCUUAAGAAGUAUGAGACGCUUCGAGAUCAAUUUGAAGGCCGUUCGAGUUAAACCCUUAUCAUUAAGAACAGCAUUCAAAUGACAAUUACAACCCAAAUUAGCAUACAAAUUACCCGAGUUGAUGAAAUCUAUAGCCUGUAAUAGGAAAACCAUAACCCAUCAACCUCUUCUUAUACAGCGAUAUAAUAAACUCAAUUCCUUUGAAUAUAACAGUUAUCUUUGAAUCUAUGAUAUAUACAUUACAUAUU